AUGAACUCGAUCUGUCAUUGUCUCAAGAGAGCCCUCGCCAUUUUUGUGGUGUUCUUCGUCGUAUCUUAUGCACAGCAGUACGUCACUGUGCCUGCCAGUCGCCGGCAUUAUGGUCGAGAUGGCCCAUGGUAUGCCGUUACUGUCAACUAUGGAGGCUAUCCCGAACGCGAACCCGAUGCUUCACAGUGGCAAUCAUUUGACCUCUUUCCCGGUGGACAUUUCUACUCCUCCAUUAUCUCUCCACAGGGUUGCGUUGGAAACUCAACGAGACUCUGUGGCCUCUCAGGAACCAACUUCAACAGACGUAAAACAGACGAUAGACGAUUCCACGAUCUUUCUCUGGCCUGA